AAGGCGGCAUCGGGUGGAGGACUGCUGUUAGUUUGUGCUGUGUUUAUUGUUAAGGUUGUGUGGAUUAGCACUGCGGUACCUAGUUUCUUAUCAUAACGUUCACAAUCUAGCUUUAAGGUGAGCUUAAGAUAAGCGGUGAGUACUGCUUCAACCUGUGUUCAUUUCCUUAGCGAGCAGGUCCACGAAGCUUUUCCACAUCUAGGAGGGCUUAAUUAGCCUUAAAAGAAGGCCACUAACUGCUUUUGUUGAUACAGUAGCAAUGAUAUUCGUGUUUGUUGUCCGCUGAGUCGCAGCGCUGGCCGGAAACCUUAGGACACACUUAUUACCAAAACAACAAUGAGUAAGUUGGCUGGAGCCUUUGUUGGAGGACUGAUAUGAAGCACCGCAGUGCGGGGACGGACAGGGACCGUGUACUGUACGCGGACUGACGGCCGGAGGAAAGACAGCUGGGAGGGAGGACCAGCUCGGCGCACAAGAGGGCGGGAGGGGCGAGAGGGGACAGAUUUCAAGCGGGCACUCUUUCCGGGAGUUACCAAGUUAUAACACCGUGUUAGUCCCAUUUCGCUCCAUAUUAGACCUUCCCCGAUGCUAUUUCUUGGAGUGGCAGCUUUUGGUUCCAGUGGCUGACAGGACAAAAAAAAAAUAAGACCAAAGACCCAUAAGAAAACAUGAAUGAAGGAAAGCUGAAAAAUACGCCAUGAUAUUGCACCACAACUAAUCACUUUUUCUAGGGACUUGGACAUCCGCCGCCAGAUUGAUCUGGUGAUGGCUAACUCAGUGGCCUUAGUGGUCCAAACAGAACUCCUGCCACCCCAGUCCACUGCCUCCCUCUCGCCUUUCCCGUCACUUCUUGGCUCGGGAGAGGAUGGCGAUGACGACAAGGAGCGAGUGGAGCUUGUGGAGGGAGAUAAGGGGGUAGUGGAAGGUGGAGAGGAGGUGGUUCUGGACAUGGUGACAUCAACAGUCUCCGAGCCAGCUCAGCAGCCUGAGCAGUCGGAUCAUCCCUUUCAGUGUCUAGACUGCGGCAAGAGCUUUAGGUGGUCUUCCAGGCUGACGCACCACCAGCGGAGCCACAACAACGAGAGACCCUACCGCUGCAACCUCUGCCCCAAGGCCUUCAAGGGCUCCUCUGCUCUGCUCUACCACCAACGGUCCCACUCAGGAGAGAAGCCUUACAAAUGCAACGAUUGUGGCAAAGCCUUCAAACGCUCAUCCCUUCUCCAGGUCCAUCAGAGUGUCCACACUGGACUCCGAACCUUUGUGUGUCCUUAUUGCCCCCUGACGUUCAAGUGGAGCUCUCACUACCAGUACCACCUGCGCCAGCACACUGGGGAGUGCCCGUACCCGUGUGACGCCUGCCCCAAGGCCUUCAAGAACUCAAGCAGCCUGCGGCGUCACAAGAAUGUGCAUCUUGGUCUCAAGCCUUACACAUGUACGGUGUGUAGUAAAUCCUUCACCCAGUCCACCAACCUGAGGCAGCACAUGAGGAUACACACGGGCGAGAGGCCGUACAUCUGCAGCGAGUGUGGACGAAGCUUCACGCAUUCGUCCAACUUGGCCCUGCACAAGAACUCCCACUCCAACGCCAACGCCGGAGGGAAAGAGGGAAAGAAGGCAGAGGACAGAAGAAAGGGAAAUGAGGUAGUGGAGGUGGUGGUCGGGACAGAGGAAGUGACAUCAUCGAUGCUGACGGACAUGGUCGGAUUUGUGAGCCAGGAAGGAACUGAUGGAGUCGGGGUGGGGAUGGAAGAAGUGUUCCUGUCGACCACCUCUGGUCAGAAUCCAACCCUCCUGCCCCACCUCACCCUCACUGCCUCUGGGGAGAAUGUGUGCACAUCCAGAGCCAUCGGGACAGAGGUUCACCUGAGCACUGACACCGGCGCCAGCGUGCUGCUCUACAGCUGCGGCAGCUGCAGCCAGACCUUUGGCACGCGGACCGAGCUGGAGGAGCACCAGGCCAUCCACAUGGCUCCGGGGGAGCAUGGGCCCAGUGGAGAGGCUGGGCACAGUGCCGAGAUGGAGGUUGGAGAGGGGCUCGUGGGAGCUGGGCAUCUGCUGGCGGACUUUGAGGAGGUGGUGGAAACUACCACUGUGUCUGAAAGUGGCCAAACGACAGAGGUGCUCCUUGGUUUAGCAGAAGGAGCAGACGGAAACAGUACAAAUGUGGGCACCACCCAGGCCCAGUUUGACCUGUUACAGAGCUUCACCGAGGUGACUCAGAGUUCUGAGGCCGUUCAGCCAGAGGCCAGAACCACAUGGGCAGGGCUGUCAUGUGGCUACUGCAAUAAGACCUUUAAGACCAGCGGAGGCCUCAACCGACAUGUUUCACUGAUGCACUCCCUUUCAUCACAGUCCCGCUCCCAGUUCAGCUGCUCUGCCUGUGACCGCUCUUUCCCUCUUCUCUCCUCGCUCCUCACCCACCAACACUCCCACACCCCAGAGCAACGCCUCCUGGCCGAGGCAGAGGCUGAGAUAGUGUGCCCUCCGUCCCUCUCCCUGUCCCUCCCCCUGCCCUCGUCCCCCGGCCAGGCUGACAAGCAGCAGGACGGCCAGAGGGAGAUCCACGUCGACAUCAUAGCUGUCGGCGAGGAUCAAGAACAGCAGCCAGCCAAGCCCACCAAAUCCCACAGAAAGGCAGGAGCCAGCAAAAGCACCCCGGCUGGAGAGAGGCCGUACCGAUGUUCAGAAUGUGGAAAAGCCUUCAAAGGCUCGUCAGGGCUGAAGUACCACAUGAGGGAUCACACAGGGGAAAGGCCCUACCGCUGCACCGAGUGUGGAAAGAGUUUCAAGAGGUCAUCACUUCUGUCCAUCCAUCAGCGGGUGCACACAGGGGUCCGGGCCUUCCAGUGCCCGCACUGCCCUCUGACCUUCAAAUGGAGCUCUCACUAUCAGUACCACUUGCGGCAGCACACAGGUGAGAGGCCCUAUGUGUGUAAAGAGUGCGGCAAGUCCUUCAAGAACACCAGCUGCCUGCGUCGACACAGUCAGAUGCACUCCGGGCUGCGACCUCACACGUGCUCCAUCUGCUCCAAGUCUUUCUCUCAGACGUCCAAUCUCAAGCAGCACGAACGUACCCACUCUGGUGAGAGACCUUUUCAGUGCACGCGCUGCAGUAAAAGUUUUACACACUCCUCCAACCUCCAGCUCCACCUUCGCACACACUCGUCACUCAAAGACUACAAAUGCCCGUACUGCUCCAAGGAGUUCGUCAUGCACUCUUACUUGCAGAGACACAUCCGCACACACGGCAGCGGCGCGUCGCUUCCCAGCUCCGGUGGCGGAGGGAAAGAUGGCGUGGCUGUGAAAGCCAGUGUGGGAGGAGUGACAACCACCACCACCCUGCUAAACCCCAUCACCCUGGAAUCCACAGGAAGCAGCGGCAGUCUGAUUGUGUCCCAGCCAGCACUUAAUAUUCCCCCAAACACCUCCCAGAACUACUUUAUGAUUCAGACAGCCAGUGGCCUGCAGCUUAUUCCUCUGUCAUCUCCCAUGCCAGUUCCCCCUCCCCCACCUCCGCCACCCCCUCCGCCCCACUCCCAAAACUAUCUCCUCCUGCAGUGUCCCUCCAGUAAUGGCAGCCAGUCCAGUUUGAUUCUCCUCCCCACAGCAAACAACCCUCCACCGACUCCAGAGCCUCAGUCCCUCCCCGUGCUUCAGACGAUCCAAGCAUUCCAGCCCGUCCUCAACCAAACACAAACUCACACGCCCCAGUUUCCCACUGUAUCCCAGCAACAGCAGCAGACCAGGAUCAUAAUCACUAACAGUAAUAAUGCACAAUCUCCCGUUGCUACGCCACCUCACAUCAUCUCAGCCGGCUCCCUGCUUACCAAGCCCAUAUUAGGGAAGAGCACACGGACAGCUCGGGGCCGACGGGGGCGCAAACCCAAAGCCGCUCUUCAGAAGGCCGCAGCAGCUGCUGCUCCAGCGGUGGACUGCAGCGUGACGGGCGGCGCCCCGCCCGCUGCUGCAGGGAACACCACCUCAGAGGCAGGCCUGUGCUCUCUGUCCACUCUGUCCCCCUCUCCCCUGUCAACCUCUUGUCCGCCUAUUCAGAUGCCUUGCUCUUCGACCACUGUAGCCCCCACAGUGGACACCUCAGGACCCCCGCCAGCUGUUUCUAUGGUAACACCAGCCACCACCGUAGCCACAGCAUCAGUCUCUCAUCCCGUUUCUGUCCCUCCAGAGAGGAAUGCCCGUUCCUUCGUGGAGCAAGUGAGCAGCGGGGAAACUACCACAGGGAAACAGUUUGUUUUAUGUUUUGAUAAUAAAGAACAAGCAAAAGAGGGGAGCAAAUUGGAGGGUGGGGAGUCGUAUGUGUUGCAGUUUGAAAGGGAUGCAUCCGGCGAAGCAGCUGACGGAGAAGUGGGUGGAGAGGGAAAGUCGCUUUUGCUGCAGUUUAAGACGGACGGACAAGGUGAAAAAGAAAAGGGGGGAGAUGAGGGAGGAAUGAUGUCGCUCCUGCAAACAUGGGGCGGAGAAAAGCAGGGCGGGGGACAGGCAGGUGGGGGGAGCGGUCAGGAGGAGUCGUACGUCCUUCAUUUCCACACUGAGACGCAGGACAAUGGGCCGUCCAGUGCUGCCUACGGCCAGGGACAAGACGACAGGCUGCAGCUCUCCUGCACGCCCUCCCAAAACCUGGUGCCCCUCCACGGGCAGGAGGUGGUGUUCGAACUGGGGGGCGAGAUCAAGAUGGAGCAGGAGGCCGAGGAAGGCAUGCAGAUGAUCGCGCUGAUUGAAGGCCAAGGAGGAAUGAUGGGAGAGGAGGCCGCAGGCUGCAGCGCCGCCAGUGACGCCGUCCCUGGAGAUGAGGGAGACAUGGAGGGCAUUUUUCAGCUGCAAAACGGAGAUGAAAUCGUAAUAAUUGAGGUCAGCACCAGCACCUUAAGAGAAGGCAGAAUAGAGAGAGAGGGGGACGGGGAGGUCUCGCAAAGCAACGAGGUGAAAUACGACAGCGGAACAGCAGAUGAAAAGGAAAGGUCUGCCAAGGAAGACAGCUCUGCAGGCAGCCCAGACCUCCAAACCCCAACCGAAGACACAAAAAGCAACGCCACUAUAUCCGACUCUCAAGAGACGGUUCUCUAAUGGAGAACCGUGUCUGCAAGGAGUAGCCUCCCUUUGUGGGCCGUGUGGUAGCACUUUAGUCAUGUGAGUUCUCCUAAAAGAGAGAAACAACAUGCCGCUAGAUGAAUAUUGUGUUGUAAUGCCAUGGUGCCACUUACUAGAAAUGUUAUACAUUCAAAUAGGCUGUACAUGGACAUCAGAGUAUUCCUAAAUAUAUUAGUUAAAUUAUAUUGUCUUUGGCAAUUUGUUUAUGAAGUUAAUAUGAUUUUGUGAAUAAAUGUUGUACAUGGCCUACUUUCUUCACAAUGUUAAUAGUAAAUAGUAACUAAUUAUUAAUAAAUCUGUUAAUACCUUUUAUUGUUUGCUUUUUUGUUUUUAGUUGAAGCUGCCUCAGAGAGGACAAAUCACACAAGAGCAUA